AUGGAAGAACGUGUUAUCAUAAACGUUAGUGGAAUGACUUUUGAAACGAAGGAGACAACGCUUAGCCGCUUUCCUGAUACCCUUCUCGGAAAUCCUUCGAGAAGACAACGUUAUUUCAACCCAAUCGUACAGGAAUACUUCUUUAACAGGCAUCGAGUGGUAUUUGAAUCAAUUCUUUUUUACUACCAAUCCGGUGGAAGACUUAUUUGGCCAGUAGAUGUCCCAGCAAGCGUUUUUACUGAAGAGGUGGAAUUUUUCCAGCUGGGAGAACAAGCUUUGAAAAGUGUGGCGAAAUGUUUUUAUACAGAAAGACAGCGCAUUUCGCCCCAGUUUUCCUUUCAAAGGCGAGUGUGGAACUUAUUCGAACACCCUGAUACGUCGCAUUUUGCGAGAGUAAUUGCAAUGCUUUCUAUUCUUAUGAUCGCUAUCUCGGUAGCAGUCUCUAUCAUCGAGACAAUGCCUUACUUCAGAAACUUAGGAGAAAAAGAAUGCAGUUCCAGCGCGCGUUUGAGAUGUAACAGCAGCGCACUAACUAAUAAAGACCUUAUAAAUGUAAAGAUGGAGCACGAUUGUAACUCAACAACCGCGGAGGAUGGAAGUUGCACCCAUGGCACUUUAGAAGUGUUUAUAGUCUUAGAAAUUAUUUGUUAUUCGUGGUUUUUAUUCGAGUACCUCGUGCGUUUCGCAACGACGCCGAAUCGCUUGCAAUUUCUUCUGUCGGCGAUGAAUUUUGUAGAUCUCUUAGCGAUCAUUCCGUUUUUUACAAUUCUGAUCAACGGGAACCGUCGUUUGGUGUCGUUGGCCGUUCUUCGUACCACAAGACUGCUGCGAAUAUUUCGCAUUCUGAAGCUCACUCGCUAUUCCCGCGGGCUCAAAGUUAUGAUGUUUACUUUACGAGCCAGCCUUAGUGAACUCGAAAUGAUGUUGUUGUUUAUGUUUAUGAUAAUUAUUUUAUCCUCGAGCGCGGUAUUUUACUCGGAUCUAGGAGCAGAAGGAAGUUUCUUUACUAGUAUUCCCGACGCAUUUUGGUGGAGCGUUACGACUGUUACCACUGUUGGUUAUGGAGACUACUACCCUAUAUCUGGUUUCGGGAAAGUUGUCGGUGGUAUCUGUGCGGUUUUUGGUGUGCUCGCCUUUUCUCUUCCUGUUAUGGCCUUUGCAAAAAACUUCAACGCCUAUCUCAAAGGAGAGCCGAUUCGAAGACAUAUUGAAAACAAAUGUAGAAGUAGAAGACACUAA